CGUGAUGCCCAACCUUCGCUUCCCUGAGCUGCAAACCAUGAGAGACGUGGUCGCCGCCUCUAUCUCCGGCGCAGUCGCUCGAACCGUCGUCGGUCCCCUAGAAAGGAUGAGGAUCAUGCAGAUGGUUGAUCCCAGUCUGGCGAGGCAGGACCCUCGCGUGUUAUUGAACCGGAUCCGGACGGCCGAGGGUGACAGAGGGCUUCUGAGAGGUAAUCUCCUCAACGUUCUUCGGCUGUAUCCGGCCAAGUUGGUGGAGGCGCUAGUCUACAGGGCGUUGACCAAUCGGUUUGACCCAGSUAGGCAAGGCACAGCAGGUCCGGCGAAGAAACGAGGGGGUGCGGAUGCUGCGGAGGGGCAGAGACAGCAGGGAUGGAUGAUGCCUGAUUGGCAGCGAAACGCGAUCGCGACGCUGGCAUCAACGGCCGGAAUUCUUACGUCGUAUCCUAUCGACACACUAAGAGUUGCAGUGCAAGCGCCGAUCCGCGGGCUGGGGGCGGCGGCGGGGGCAGUGACGGAGGCAGUUCGGGAUACCGUUGGGGGAGUGGGUGGGAAUGGAGGUCGAGGUGUGGGCGGYGCCGGGAYAMCGGGGRCAGGUGGCAGAGGUGUUGGAGUAGUGGCCGGGGCAGACGRAAGAGGGSCUGGCGACAUCGGGAGAGCGAUCAUGAGACGCCGAGGCGUAAGGGGGUUCUACGACGGCAUAGCUCCGCAGAUCCUUCGCACCAUUCCUUACUUUAUCCUYAGCGGGUAUGCCUUUUCCACAGUGGAGCGCUGGUACAAGAAGAGACAAGGCCGUGCGGAUGCAGAGCCUGGGCCAGUGGCGAUCGUAUUGAUAGCCACGGCGGCUGCGCUGUGCGCCCAAACCGCGCUCUAUCCUUUGGAGACCGUUCAGAGGCGCAUGCAGUUGCAAGCAGCCAUGGGACCCGCCGCAGGACGGGUUUACUCCGGCAUGAUGGACGCCGUCAGGGAGAUCAUUAGGAGAGAGGGAGUUGGCGCGCUGUAUGCCGGACUGGCGGUCAACAACCUGAAGCUCCUCCCAGCGGCCGCCGUCUCUUUCGCGAUCCACAACUCCGCUCGGAAUCUCUGCGACGCCUAUUAGAAUUCGCUGUGUGUGUGUGUUUAGGGUCUACUCUCGUAUUCCACGCAAGAUGUGGGGAGGAGGAGGAAGAAGAGGACGCGGAGGGACUCAGGGGAGCGUGUAAGGAGAAGGAAGUUUCUGAAAGCGUGUGCCUCGUGCAGAUAGGAAGUUGAAAUCGCGUCGUACGAAUGGAGAUCGACGUGGAUUUCGAAGAGAGGAACUUGCGUCGUACGAAAAAAGAUGAGGAUUAAUAUGGCUUUCGAAGCGGCUGUUAGGUUCAUUUCGCGAAAUCGA